CACCAGAAAGAAGUCGGAUCUGAAUGACUGCACACUUAUUGUUGUGAAUAUUUUGAAAUGAAAUACUUUAUUAUAUUAUUAGUGGUGCAUUUAUGUAAUGCAGUUAUUUAUAAGCUCAAUGAUACUGAGUUAGAUCGAUUUCCUCCUGUAUACUAUCUGGAUGACUAUGACAAAUGCCUACGCAAACCAAAUGCUGUUUACUGCACUGUUGAUGCCAAUCUGGUGUCGGAUACACCUAGUGAUUUACUUACUAUUAUUCAGGAAUAUUCCCAACAUCGAAAUAUUCAUUUUAAUCACUCAUAUAUAACAUACGGGAUUUGCCUUACAUCAACAUGUAAUAACUAUACAAAUUUGGACCGAAAACAGAACCUUGAGAAAUGCCUUAACGAAACACUUUUGAAGGAUUAUUCACUUAAAGCAAGAGUUAGAGAGCUAUCUUGCGCUAAACGCGAUGAAUUUCAAGUGGACGCGUUAGAUAUAGUCGCUGCAUUCAUAUUUUUCAGUAUAUUAUUCAUGAAUGUCAUAGGAACCGUGAAUGAUGUAUUUACAAAGGAACAUUCUGGUUUUAGUUUAUUGAGAUGUUUCUCGAUUCGUAGAAAUUGGAAUAAAUUAGUUGAUACCAGCGAAAAGAAUGCGUCGCUACAAAAUAGAUUGAAGUGCCUUGAUGGAUUAAGGACAAUCCUUCUAAUAGCAAUAUUGAUUGGUCAUGCUUUUAUCACAAGUUUAGUAAAAGUUUCCAACACAUCCGUGGUAGAGAAGAUUUUUGACUUCACACCAGUGCAUUUUCUGUUGAAUUUGCCGUUAACUAUGUGUUGCUUCUUCUUUAUAUCAAGCUUUGUGCUUGCGUAUAAUUUGCAAACCAGUGACGACAACAACGAAACUUGGACAUGUAUUGGAAAACGAAUCCUCAAACGAUGGUGCAGAUUAACACCUGCUUACGCCGUUGCCCUUUUGUUUAUUAUGACCUGGUACAGACAUCAAGGAGAUGGACCUUUUUGGAUGAAUAUUUACAAGGACAGGAUAGAACCAUGUCGAAGUAUCGGAUGGUAUAACAUGCUAUACGUAAAUAAUUUCGUCGAUGGUUCAGUAUGCAUGGCGCACGGUUGGUAUUUAGCAGCUGAAAUGCAGUUACAUCUUCUUGGACUUGUUGUAUGCAUCUUUUUCAAAGGCCUACCGAGAAUACGUGUUCUAAUUGUACUGUUUAUUAUUGGGUUACUCAUACCAGGGGUACUCACCUACAUUUAUGACCUGGAUAUGCAGUUAACACCAUCUGCCGAGUUAUUUCGCCAGUACUUCCUGCCAGACCCAACCUUUCGCCAUGUGUAUCGGCAUAGUUUUACCAACAUAGCAUGCUAUGUCAUGGGUCUCGCAAUGGGACUCCUGACAUAUAAAUUGCAAAGGACGAAUUUUGAUAUUCAGAAUUAUAAGAAAUGGAUUCCUCUAUAUUAUUCAGCAAUAUUAUUAAAUACGGGCAUUAUGUAUUCAGCAUCGUUAAAUUACCAGGAAAGACCCCGCUUGUCCAUUACUACACGAGUGAUUAUGUCAGCAGUAAUGAAACCGCUGCUGACCGCCAGCACUAGCGUCCUUGCUUUUGGUGCAAUUUUUAAAUAUGAAAGAAGUCUCUGCGGUCUUCUUGAAUGGCGAGGAUGGACUGUGCUGAACAGACUUGGUUAUUGUUGCUACUUAAUUAAUUUACCUUUUAUAGAUUAUCUUCUUGGCUCUGAAGCUUUGAUACGAACAGGAUAUAUUGUGAAGGUCACGGCGUCCUUUGGAAUUGUCACCGUGACAUUUACGCUGGCGCUAUUUUUGUGGCUUCUUGUUGAAAACCCCUUUGCCCUAAUAACAAAUGAGUUCUUCAAACAACGAAAACACGUUGGGAAUGGCUCAAUUUCGAAUAAAAUGGGCAAUGGACGGACUACUUUAAACAAAGUCGGCAAUGGGACAUCUUCGAACAAUGUCGGCAAUGGGACAUCUUCGAACAAUGUCGGCAAUGGGACAUUUUCAAACAAUGUCGGUAAUGGCACAUCUUUAAACAAAGUCGGCAAUGGGACAUCUUCGAACAAUGUCGGCAAUAGGACAUUUUCAAACAAUGUCGGUAAUAGCACAUCUUUAAACAAAGUCGGCAAUGGGACAUCUUCAAACAAAGUCGGCAAUGGGACAUCUUCGAAUAAUGUCGGCAAUGGGACAUCUUCAAACAUUGUCGGCAAUGGGACAUCUUCGAACAAUGUCGGCAAUGGGACAUUUUUAAACAAUGUCUGUAAUGGCAUAUCUUCGAACAUUGUCGGCAAUGGGACAUCUUCAAACAUUGUCGGCAAUGGGACAUUUUCAAACAAUGUCGGUAAUGGCACAUCUUUAAACAAAGUCGGCAAUGGGACAUCUUCAAACAAAGUCGGCAAUGGGACAUCUUCGAAUAAUGUCGGCAAUGGGACAUCUUCAAACAUUGUCGGCAAUGGGACAUCUUCGAACAAUGUCGGCAAUGGGACAUUUUUAAACAAUGUCUGUAAUGGCAUAUCUUCGAACAUUGUCGGCAAUGGGACAUCUUCGAACAAUGUCGGCAAUGGGACAUCUUCAAACAAUGUCGGUAAUGGCACAUCUUUAAACAAAGUCGGCAAUGGCACAUCUUCGAACAAUGUCGGCAAUGGGACAUCUUCGAACAAUGUCGGCAAUGAUAUAUAUUUAUGUGACACAACGGUUAGCGGCAGUGCUUCUGACAAAAAAAAUAUAUAGAUGGAAAUUGAUUCAAGUACAUAAAGUUAAUUAUUUAUACCCUUUCUGCACGGCAGUGAGGCUGAACACCUACUUGCCUAUCAGAUUGACAAAUGA